AUGGACGACGAGCUCCAGGCGUUCCGCUCGCAAUGGCAGCAGGAAGUUGCGGCGCGCCGUACACGGGUGCCGGCGCUGAAGACGAGUGCCAGCGGUGCUAGCUCCAAAGCGGCCCGCCCACCGCCUCCGCGUGACGGCGCUCGCACGACGACGCUGCGCACGGAUACCCCAUCGCAUCACCCCGAUACCUUACUUACGUUGCUCGAUACCUUGGCGGCGUCGCAUGCCGCGUCCGUCCAGCGCAUGCAGGCCGACGCACAGACUGAUGCGGUCGAUGAGCUGUGCACGGCGCUGGCCUCGACGCACAUCGGCACCUGUGUCGCAGAGAUGUAUGCGGCCGAUCCGGCUGUGCCGAUGUACGUCGGCCGCCUCCCUGAUGAAGUGUGGCUGCACAUCCUGCGCGAGGUCAUCCAGCCGACGCGCAUCAGCUCGCCUACGCCGGCGUUCCGUGAGCACAUUCAUUUUGUGACGCCGUCCGAGCCAUGGCGGCCCUAUAGUGGGCCAGACUACAUAGCGCUCGAGCGGAUCGGGCGUGUAUGCUGGCGCCUGCGGCGGCUCACUGCGCAUGCGCGGCUCUGGAAAGAGAUUGUGGCGUGCGUGUAUGUGCCACCGCACCCGUCGGUCACAGCGCCGCCGUGCAGCUGGCGCGAUACGUUCCUCUACGAGCCGCGGCUGCGUAUGAAUGGCGCGUACAUUGCUACGUGUCAGUACACCCAGCAAGGCAUGUCCGAGGAGAAUGUCUGGGUGCGUGUGCUGCACCAAGUGGAGUUCUUCCGGUACCUGCGCUUCUUCCCGCAGGGCCAGUGCCUCAGUUGGCUGACCACCGAUCCGCCCUCCGAGUCGGUGCAUCAGCUGUGGCCAGGUCUCCAGACAAAAGGGUGCACGACUGGCCGCUGGCGCCUGCUGGCCGACGACGAUCGGGCCGGGUGUACGAAGCGUGGGGCGACGAUCGUCGUGGAAGAUUUAUACGAUCCUUCGCUGCGCAGCUAUACGUUUCAAAUGACACUGGCGCUGCGGCCGUCGCGCGGGACAUGGCAUCGACUCGACAUGCUGGCGUAUACGUCGCUGCAUUUGCACACGGGCGAAGUGCUGCCGAUCCCCCAAAAACACAGCAAGCCCUUCUUGUUCUCGCGCGUGCGCAGCUACGGCGUAUGA